CGACUGAAAUAUGAUAAUUAUGUUGAUAUGCUAGCUAGCAACUGGAGUUUAUUUUUUGCAUUUUAGGUUUCAUUAAAUCUUCUGUCUUUUCUCUCUCGGUGUUGUGUCUAGCGAAAAUAGAAAACGCUCUGCAUGAAGGGCUGAUGGAAAACGCAAGAGAUUUGGCUGAGCGACCGUCUCGUUCGGAGCGGAAGAGGCGGGACUCGUUUGGGAUGUUCGAUGGCUACGACAGCUGCAGCGACGAGUCCAGCAGCAGCAGCAGCUCGGAGGAGAGCGAUGAGGAGGUGGGCCCUUCGCUCCCCGCCGGCCUGCCCAUCAUCAAGACCAACGGCCAGGUCUACACCUACCCAGACGGCAAGGCUGGCAUGGCCACGUGUGAGAUGUGUGGGAUGGUUGGUGUCAGGGACGCCUUCUACUCCAAAACCAAGCGCUUCUGCAGCGUUUCGUGUUCCAGGAGCUACUCGUCCAACUCUAAGAAAGCCAGCAUACUGGCUCGUCUCCAGGUAACAGCUCCCUCACCCAGGCAGGAGAAGUCUCCUGGCUACAGCACUGGUCCUGAAUGGGUGCAAGGUGAAAUGAAGGGGAAACCGCCCACAAAAAAGGCCAAGGUGCUCCAGAAACAGCCUCUCAUGGCUAAACUAGCAGCCUACGCCCAGUACCAAGCUAACCAGCAGAACCAGGUGAAGACUAAGACAGUGGUUCCUGUGGAGGCCUUCGACUGGGGGCGCUACAUCGGCAGCGGGGAGAUGGCCGGGGCUCCUGUCAGCUGUUUCAAACACGUGCCCAUGGGGACGUCAUGGGGCGAUAUCUGUGAAGGCGUGAGGGUGGAGGUGCCAAACACAGACAGCGGCCUGCCCAUGAAGGUCUACUGGAUCGCAGGCAUCAUAAAACUGGCAGGCUUCAAGGCUCUGCUGCGGUACGAGGGUUUCGACAGCGACUCCACCCGGGACUUCUGGUGUAACCUGUGCGUCCCAGACAUCCACCCUGUGGGCUGGUGUGCUGAGGGAGGAAAGCCCCUCGUUCCCCCCAUAUCCGUGCAGCACAAGUGCACCAACUGGAAAUCCUUUCUGGUAAAACGUCUCACGGGCUCAAAGACCCUGCCUCCUGAUUUCUCCACUAAGGUUCAGGAGAGCAUGCAGUUCCCCUUCAAGAAGCUGAUGCGCGUGGAGGUGGUGGACAAAGCCCACCUGUGCCGGACGCGCGUGGCCCUGGUGGAGCAGGUGAUCGGGGGACGCCUCAAGCUGGUCUACGAGGAGUGCUCCGACGGCACCGACGACUUCUGGUGCCACAUGUACAGCCCGCUCAUCCACAGCAUCGGCUGGUCGCGCAGCAUCGGCCACCGCUUCAAACGAUCCGAUGUGUCGAAGAAGCUUGAAGGUCAAGUGGAUGCUCCCGGAAAGCUCUUUGCUAAGGUGAAGGACGUGGACCAGAGUGGGGACUGGUUUAAAGACGGGAUGAAGCUAGAAGCCAUCGACCCGCUCAACCUGUCGGACAUCUGUGUGGCUACCGUCAGGAAGGUCCUGGCGGAUGGAUACCUCAUGAUCGGCAUCAAUGGUUCAGAGGCUGCGGAUGGAUCUGACUGGUUCUGCUAUCACUCUACCUCGCCCUCGAUCUUCCCUGCCGGAUUCUGCGAAAUCAACAUAAUCGAGCUCACCCCACCUCGAGGAUACACAAACCUCCCAUUCAAAUGGUUUGACUACCUCAGGGACACAGGCUCUGCGGCGGCACCAGUUCACCUCUUUAACAAGGAGGUUCCCAACCACGGCUUCCGCGUGGGCAUGAAGCUGGAGGCUGUGGACCUGAUGGAGCCGCGCCUGGUGUGCGUCGCCACGGUGACCCGCAUCGUCCACCGCCUGCUGCGGAUCCACUUUGACGGCUGGGAGGACGAGUACGACCAGUGGGUGGACUGCAGGUCACCUGACCUCUACCCUGUGGGCUGGUGUCAGCUGACCGGCUACCAGCUGCAGCCCCCCGCUGUGCAGGCCUCCAGGGAGCUGCCUGCCAGUGUGGCCAAGCAGAGGAAGAAAUCUCAGCAGUACAAAGGCCAGAAGAGAAAGCGGAAACUUCCCCUCUGCAAGAGACCAGUCAGUCUCUCUGGUGUGGUGUUGACAGGGGUCCCCCCCAGGAACCUGUCAGGGGAUGAGAACAUGACCCCGCCCAAUUACCCGUCCCCCCCCACGCCUGCGUCGGCCGCGGGGACGGGGACAGGCCCGCCCGCCUCGGCAGGUCCGGGCCGCAGCCCUGAUGCAGCUCAUGGGGCGGAGUUGCAGAUGAAGGAGGAGCCAGUCGAGGGGGGUGACUUCGCCUGCCCGCAGGGGGGCGUGUCCGACCCGGAGACCAACGGCUCUGGAAGUUUCUACCUGAAGCAGGAACCUUGAGGGAGCGGACAUCCCCACGCUCGCACCUGGUGGGGUGGGGGUGGGGGGGGGUUGGGGGGUAAGGCAGGCAAUCUAUCUCAAACAUCCUCCAGCCCUCUCCAACUGGGUUAGCUUAGCUGGGUGGCUGCAGCAGCCAGGGACAGGGUGGCAGCGGGUUUUUUCUAGAUGCUCUUCUCGGUGCAACGGAACCAGUCAAAUCAGGUGCACCUGGAGUGUCAGGAAGAGUUUGAGAUGUUGUAUGGCCCCAGGUCUUCCACAAACACACGGGGGGGCAGGGUCGUCCACGGCUGGCAACGACCCCAGACGGGGUCAGGUCUAGCAGGAGUCUGCAGACCAGCAGAGAAACAGCGAGACGCUCUCUUGGCCUUUAUGACAAUAGUGUUCUCUCAGUUUGGCUUCAUUUUGUAUGGCAAGCGAAAAAAGAAAACGAUGGGUUUUUCUUUCUUUUUUUUUUUUAGGAAUUUUUCAAAGCUGAGAUCUUUUGUGCAUCUCUUGUACUUUGUUACUUUGACGACUAGGAUCAUCUCUAUGGGUAUACUGUGAGUAUUCAGUAAUCAGCUGUUCCUAAAACAGGGUGUGUAUUGUGUAUUAACGUUUGAUGAACUUGGGACUGAACAUUACUGGUAGACAUUCAUCCCCAAUCACAGACCAGGAGCAAGACCCACCUCUGCCAGCCUUCCUAGAAGGUCUACACUGGACUACGUCAAAGCAGCUUGAGGUCACUCGUGUCCGAUCCUUGUGUUUAGGGUCAGUGCUAACUGACAGGUCGACAUCAGGGUCACCUGUGGGUGUACCCGGGGGCCUUGGAAGUGGACUCAUCUCGCUAGCUUCCAACCCUGUUCCUGGAGAGCUACCUGCCUGUUGGGGCUUGCCCCCCAACCACACUCAUUUGAACCUGAUUCAACGCGAGUUACCUGAUCAACCAGCUCGUGACCAGACUGGGGUGUUCUGGAUUAGUGUUGGCGUGUGAGCCUGCAGCCAGGAGCUCUCCAGGAGCAGGGAGGGACACCACUGCUUUAGAGAUUCAGCCGACAGUUUAACUGGAGUGAAGAGUCGCUGUUAUUGAGGUUUAUCACGGCUCAGUGGGUCUAACAUUCUUAUGCAAAUGUAGAUCCCAUCAGUAUGAAAGGUCUUCUUUGAUCGUGUUGAAUGUUAUAUUAAGCCUAUAGCAUAACUACAGAGAAGAUGUCACGAUAGAGCCAUAUGAAUAUUGACAGAAGUAUUCAGCCGAGCCGACUGUCCGUAUGAUCCAUCUCUCAUCACUGCCGACAUCAUCGACACAACAUCCUUACGUUGACACCUAUAGACUUAUAGCUGUCGCUAAUGUUUGAUCUUCCUCUGUAAGAAGUGGUCUAAAGUGUGCUGUAGGGCAAGUUUAUAGAGCGAUGGCAUUAAGGCUGUAGGUAACUGCCACAUCUGAAAUGGUGAAUAACAUUAUCAGGCUAUCACUAACCAGCUAUCACACAGGCCCACACAAGUAGUGGGAGCCAAGUUAUAAGAUGUUACGAGAUGUUAAGUUGUCCGAAUAUAUUGUAGAGAAAAAUAUAUAUGAUAUAUAAACAGAACAAUAUAGUAUAUAGCAACAGAGGCAAUUUACAACAAAUCGAUUUUUUUAAUUUUUAAGAUUUCCACAUCAAACAUUUAAGAAAGGAAUUUAUCCAUAUUAUAUACAUAAUUUACUCCUAUCACAAUUGAAUGCACUCCCCCGUUUCACUUUCUAUACCGGUAAGAUUGAUAAUUUACUCUCAGGAAAUCCUCUUGUAAAUAUAUAAGCUUUAGUGUCGUAAUGGUGGUCGAGAAAGUUGUUUGUUGUCGGCAUGCUGAAAUCAGACGCAGGUGGAAGAGUUCAAUGUGUUAGUCCAGCACCCCCACACUGUACGUCACUAGCUACAGCCACCUCAGACACACAGAGACCUAUGGAAAACGCUUGUGAUACAAUGGCUCUCCUUAAUGUGUUGGUUUCUCUGGAAUGGUAAGAUGUUUUGUAAGGAUUACCCACGCGUACGUCACUGUUGGAUGUAUAGAUGUUUGGUUUCAACUUUCUUAAGCAAGUGUUAUGUUUAAUGUUUCGCUAUGUCCGGUGUCUGUUCUUGCAGUUGACUGUAUGUUUUGUAUGACAAAGCCUUGGACUAGAACCUAAACCGGCGUAACAUUUUUAUUUUAUUAUUACAGGUAUUUGGUUACCUGUAGUAAUCAUACAGCAAUAGUCUAGCUAGUGUGUCUGUGUGUGUGUGUGUGUGUGUGUGUGUGUGUGUGUUCUAAAAUAUACUAUCCCAUCAAAACUCAAGUCACACAAACAAUCAAAAAAUAUAACUUCAUUUUCAUUAGCAUUCCCCUUUCUCUCCUUUUUAAAUUUGUAUUCCUUUUUAGUUUUCAAUAUCCACAGAAUGUGUUUCGGAAAGAGACCAAAUCCUGGACAUGUUUUGUACAUCGAUGUUACUGCUUUGAUAUAUGGCAUGACUGUUUGAGGGGAAAA